UUUUCUGGAAUGAAUCUUCACCUCAUAAUGCCCAAUUAUUUGAGCCGCGAUAAUUUAAUUGUUGACUGUGGCAAUUGUGUUUGUGGCGGGCCAUGGUAAACCUAUGUUAAAAGGGUUGGUUUGUGCAUGUGGGUUUCCAUUCAUUGCAGGAUUUCUGCUUUCUCAUUUCUGUUAGCAUGGAAUCCCUGACUUGGGCCCUGAAUGAGGCUGUCACCAUAGGAUUUGGGAUAAUCUUUCUCCUUUACUGCUUCUUCUAUAAGCUGAGGAGGAAUGGCAGGAAAUUGAAAUUGCCUCCAGGACCACGUCCAUGGCCUCUCAUAGGAAGUCUCCAUCUAUUGGGAAACCUUCCUCAUCAGGCUCUUACCAGGCUCGCAAACAAGUAUGGUUCUAUUAUGUUUCUCCGUUUGGGCUCCGUCCCUACUGUUGUGGUGUCUUCUCCUGCCAUGGCGAAGGAAUUCCUCAAAACGCAUGAUCUGGUCUUUGCAACUAGACCAAUCUGUGCACAGGGGAAAUACGUAUGCUAUGAUCAUAAAGACGUGGCGUAUGCCCCCUAUGGAGCGUACUGGAGGCACAUGAGAAAGCUGUUGAUGGUGGAGCUGCUCACAGUGAAGAGAAUCGAUUCUUUCAGAUUCGUCAGAGAGGAAGAAGUGUCUGCCAUGAUUGCCUCCAUCUGGCAGGAAAGCGGGCACGGAGCGCAGUGUGUGGAUGUGAAGAAGAGGCUUUCAUCCCUCACUCAGAAUAUUACUUGCAGAAUUUUUUCCAGCAGGACUUAUUCCGACAACGAAUUGAGUGGAGGGCUUGGCUUUAAACAAAUGAUUGAUGAAAUGUUCGCUGUGGCCGGUGCAUUUUGUGUUGGUGAUUUCAUUCCUUCUCUCGACUGUCUCGACUUGCAAGGAAUCCGUCGUCGCAUGCAGGCCGUUCAAAAAAUAUUCGAUGGAUUUGCUGAGAAAAUAAUUGACGAGCACAUUCAUCGUAGAUUGGAAGAAAGAAAAGGCAAGGAAGGAGAUCGGGUUAAAGAUAUGGUAGACGUGAUGCUGGACAUGGCCGAGACCGAGGGCCACACAAUCUCACGGGUCAACAUCAAAGCAACCAUCUUGGACAUGUUAGCUGCGGGAGUAGAAACAUCGUCGACAACAGUCGAAUGGGCGAUGAGUGAAUUGCUGAGGAAUCCUGCAACGCUGGCACGCGCACAGAAAGAGAUCGAAUCUGCGGUGGGCAGAGAUCGCCAAGUAAAGGAGAGUGACGUCAUGAGCUUCGACUACUUGCGAUGCGUGGUGAAGGAAACUUUUCGACUUCAUCCGCCGUUUCCUCUGCUCAUUCCGCACGAGUCGAUGGAAGGGUGUAACGUGGGAGGAUAUUUUGUUCCGCCAAAGACACGGCUGUUUGUGAAUGUGUGGGCGAUGGGAAGGGAUGAAACAGUUUGGAAAGAUGCUCAGCAGUUCAAGCCCGAGCGGUUUAUGGGGUGUAAUAAGGAUGUGAGAGGUCAGGACUUCGAUUUGCUGCCGUUCGGAACAGGAAGAAGAGGAUGCCCUGGGAUUUCAAUGGGUAUUUCUGUUGUUGAGUUGGCACUUGCUCAGCUGAUUCAUUGCUUUGACUGGAGUGUGGAGGGAGAGGUGGAUGUGGCAGAAGAGUUUGGAUUAACUGUUCCCAGGAAAAAUCCACUGCUUGUCCGCCCUUCAUGGAGGCUCACAGUUGAAUAUCCUAUUUAAGAGAGUGUUCUCUAAUAGGUGUCUUUCGAUGGCUGGUAUAUCUAUAGUAUUAUUAUCGGAUUCGUGUUACACUCUGUAAAGCUUUUUUAUAAGUUUUUCCCAUUCUCU